AAAGUCGGGUUUUUUUUUGCAUAAACAGAGGCAAGGAUCUGAGAUUGCUUUUCCACGAAAACCAUUAGAAAUUGAGUGAAAACUGCCGUAAUUUCGAGAGAAAAAGGCAUUUAUGUGAAUCAAAAUUAUAAAUCUCUUUGAGGAAAUCACUCAAGUGUUGAAAAACAGUGAAUCGGUGAUCCUUUGCCUAAGACGAAUUUUUUACUUUGUAAACUAUAAUUAGAGCAUAAAAUAAUGCUAAAUUGCUACAAUCGAGGCUGUGGGCAGUCUUUCUCUCCUGAGAAGAACGAUGAGGAAUCUUGCCGGUAUCAUCCGGGAAUGCCGUACUUCCACGAUGCCUACAAGGGUUGGAGUUGCUGCAAGAAGAAAAGCGUGGAUUUCACCGAGUUUCUCAACAUCAAGGGCUGCACAAUGGGGAAGCACUCGAAUGAAAAGCCCCCGGAACCUGAGAAGCCGGAGAAGAAAGAGUGUUUAGUGGAGGAGGUGAAGGUGAUUCGGCCACCCAUCCAGAAGUCUACACUGCAGAGACCUGAUUUUGAGAUGCCUGUGGUGCAGCUGGAGACGAACGUGGCACCCGCUCUGAAGCAGCAGAUCGAUGCCUUAGCGCCUGCUGUGACCAAGGAGAGUGCCACAAGUGCUGCAGUGGCUGUGGGCACGACGUGCAAGAAUCGCGGCUGCAAUGGAACUUACGAGACUCCAGAGUCCAACGAUCUGGACUGCGUCCAUCAUCCGGGAGUCCCAAUAUUCCACGAAGGCAUGAAAUACUGGUCCUGCUGCACCAAGAGGACCACGGAUUUCAGUGCCUUCCUCGCUCAAGCGGGCUGCAGCAUUGGCCGUCACAAGUGGAUCGCGGACGGGGGCAAGGCAAGCGUGAAAUGCCGAUACGACUGGCAUCAGACGGCAUCCAGCGUCGUGGUGGCUGUCUAUGCGAAGAUGUACGACUACGCCAAGAGUUACGUGAAGUUGAAUCCCGUCAGACUUCAGGUAUGUCUGGUGUUUCCGCAGCAAAGUGGAGCCCAGUUCAAUCUCGACCUAGAAUUGAGAGGAGUUGUGGAUGUGAAGCAAUACCAGGUGGACAUGUUCGCCACAAAGGUCGAGAUCAAGCUCACGAAGGCCGAACCGGGAUCCUGGGCGAAACUAGACAUCCCGCACGUCGCAGACACCGUCCCAGAAGCGACUCCAGCAGUACAAAAGAUUGAGAAGAAGACCAAUAACCUGAGCCUGGAUGACUCUGAUGACUCCGAUGUGGAUCUCGAUGACAUCGAAGCAGUGCAUCCGGGUGCCAAGAUUACAGAACUCGACUAA